ACUGCAGGUCCCGUUCCAGGUAUGAAGCAAUCAUGUCGCAGAUAAUUACUACAUUCGCAAAAUCAAAAAUUUCCGUUAUUUUCACUAAUUGUACAUUCUACGGAAUUAGUUGCAAAAUUGUGCAUAUUUCCAAUCAGAUAGCGCGAAAAUCUUCUGUUUUCAUUUAGUUCAAUGGCAGUUAUGUACCAUUUCUGCCGAAAAUUUCGAAAUGGGGCUCCUGUAUUGAAACUUUUUUUUCAAAAAUUUCGUAUUCAAAAAUCGGUUAAAAACAAAAAUUAUGCCAAGUAUGGCAAACAAAACGGUGAGUGCCGUUGACAAACUUAAGCGCAAAGCAAAGCGGACUGUGAACAUAGCUGAGCACAACAAUGGGGCAUCAUCGCAUUCUGCUGCGUAAGCAUAUCAUCGGCCUAACCUCCGUUCUUACCUUCGCAAUCAUUCGAAACCUCCUCAUAGUCCAUUUCCAGGGCGGCCAAAUUUUCUCGUGCUUCCUUGAACAUCGGCUCCUCCAUGCCCUCAUUCAGAUGGUCAAAUGUAAUCUAAAGAACGGUAAAUAUAUGGCCUGUUGUUUGUUGUACCGCGGUGAUGUAGUGCCCAAAGAUGUCAACACUGCGAUAGCCUCCAUUAAAUUCCGGCGAGAUAUCCGUUUUGUCGACUGGUGCCCCACUGAAUUCAAAGUUAGGUUUAAGUAACAACCAAUAUAACUGACGUGUUUACCUUUCAGUUGAUUUCCCACAGAUUGGCAUCAAUCAGAAAUGCCCAGCCAUGAUUCCGGACGGUGAUUUGGCGUCUAUACAUCGAGGGGUUUCGAUGCUUGCUUCAACUACGGCAAUUUCGAAAGCGUGGCAAAAAUUGAACUACAAGUUCGAUUUGAUGUACCGCAAGAAAGCAUUCGUACAAUGAGUUUUAGCAAUCGCGAAACCAUCUCGGUUCACGUUGGUCAGGCCGGAAUCCAGCUCGGAAAUUCGGCGUGGGAAUUAUACCUGCUGGAGCACAAGAUUGGAUUGGACGGAAAGUUGCAGGAAGUCGAACCGAACAACGAUGAUGGAAACAGCUUUUGUGGGACGUUCUUUCAGAUAACGUCCGCCAAUCGAUACGUUCCACGAGCGGUUCUGGUCGACACGGAACCGACGGUUGUGGAUCAGGUACGGAACGGGCCCUACCGGAAGUUGUUCCACCCGGACAACAUGAUCAAUGGAAAGGAACUUGAAAAUUUUUGCUAUUAAAAAAAAUGCGUCAGCUCCACUUGAAAAUUUGGAAGAGAAUGAAAAUCUGGGUCUUUCCAAUUAACAGGGCCUACUUUGUUGAUUUUUUAUACAUGGCGGGUUGCGUCUUUUCGGAACACGUGCUUCUGGGCGAGCACGUGUUUGUUGCGAAAUGGUUUGGCAUGAUGAAUGUAAUUCUAUGCACAAAAUGUGUUCGUGUUUGUUUUUA